GGCUGGUCUGAAGUUUGGACGCUCGAACUUGGCAUUCGGAGUUUCCUUUUUUUUUUCUUCGUGAUUCCGUGUUCCAGGCGAUACCCGAUACCGUUUUUCUAGCACCCGAUUCCCAUUCCGGCAACCGUGUUACAGGAUCUGGAGCCCCGGGCGUGUUUGUCUCCUCCACAAAGUGUUCCUGCGGAACAUCGUUCAAUUUUUCUUUUUAUUUUAAUUCAUGUUUUUACUUUAAAUUCGAAAAACUUCAAACUUAAAUCCCACGAGUCCUGUCCUUUUCGCCAUCACCAACCCCACUACUCUCUUCUUCGUUUCUCUGAUUUCCGCCUAAACAGAGAGAAGAGACGGAGCGGGGCAAAAAGAUCUGAUUUUUUUGCACCUCAUUUGGUCGGAGAGGAAGGAAGGAUGAUGGCGGAGGCGGCGUAUGGUGGUGGCGGGGGCGGGGGCGGCGAGGUGGAGGCGGGGGUGCAGGCGCUGAACACGAUCAUCCAGCUGCACUUCGAGAAGACGCUGGAGAAGAAGCGGGCGGUGGACGGGCAGAAGAAGGAGCUGUGGCGCCUCUUCCAGCUCUUCUUCCUCUUCCUGGCCCUGGUGCUGGGAGCCCAGCUGGGGGCCUCGCCGGAGCGGCUCCAGUGCCGGCACUGCUGGGCGCCCAUCGGCCUCCUCUCCCUGGGCCACCUCAUCUUCUACAUCGCCGUCGCCCAGACCCUCCGCUGCCUCAACGGCUUCAAGUACCAGCGCCGCUGCCACAAGCUCACCCUGGCCCUCGCCACCGACCGCCUCAAGCACCUCAAGAUGCGCUACUCCUCCUCCGCCGCCGGCGACCACUUCCUCCUCCUCCCUACGGACUACGAUAUCCCCUACCAGGAGCCCCCGGAGAGCUAUCUGGCCAAGUUCAAGCGGAACUGGGCCCUCCACUUCGCCUUCCUGAUCUGCACCUUCGGCUUCAUGGUCUCCGCCUCCGUCGUCCUCCUCUGCUUCUAGUAUAAUAUCAUAUAUAUCUCUUCUCUCCCCAGCUUGUUCCUUUAGGAUUAUAUGACGCAGUAGGGGAUUGUAACGGCAAAACCAUGGCCAUAUAUCGUUGUCUGCUUAUGAGGAGAGCUUCAUGCGACCUGAGGCCAAGCUCUUCUUUCUCUCUGUACGCUCUGCAAGGUUAAUUAUCAAUAAUAUAUUUAUCUCUUCUUAGAAAAGAAAAA